GCCCUGCCCCGGCGGCCCCAGCGCCGGGCAGGUCCCGGGCCCCCGUUCCCAGCGGUGCUGAGCCCGGGGUCCCGUCGGUGUGCCGGUGAUUAUGCGUGGUUUGCCGCGGACGCUGUAUCUCUCCUCCCGCUGAUGUCCCUGCUGUCCCCCCGCCUGGGCUAGAGCAGGCUGAGCGCCAGCUCCUCUGGAAAUCUUCAGCCAUGUAUUUCCUCAGCGGCUGGCCCAAGAGGCUCUCGUGUCCUCUGGAGUCCCUGGAGCGACCGCUUCACAUCCAGACGGAUCCCCAGAGAGCUUUCUUCGCAGUUUUGUUCCCAUCUCAGCUAAGCAUCUGGUACUGCAGACCAAGUGUCUUAAUCGUAAGCUACAAGGAAUUUACAAAAGCAGCUUCUCAGUUUGGACCUUAUAAACAAGCAGAAUGGCGGCCUGACAGCACAAUGAUAGCUGUUUCGACUGCAAAUGGAUACAUCUUAUUUUUUGAAAUCCCAUCAGCAAGAGACAAGUAUCUUUAUGAGCCAAUAUAUCCCAAAGGAAGCCCUCAUCUGAAGGGAACCCCACAUUAUAAGGAAGAACAAUGUGCUCCUUCAUUAAAUCUAGAAAUGAAGAAAGUGCUGGACUUGCAAGCCUCUAUCACAAGUUUGCAGUCCAUGUUAGAAGAUCUACUUGUGGCUACUGCUGAUGGAUUUCUCCAUCUCAUUCACUGGGAUGGUAUGACCAAUGGGAGGAAGGCCAUCAACUUGUGUACAGUUCCCUUUUCUGUAGAUCUGCAGUCUUCUCGAGCAGGUUCACUUUUGGGAUUUGAAGAUGUUUACAUCAGAGAUAUGGAAUACUGUGCCACACUUGAUGGCUUUGCUGUUGUUUUUAAUGAUGGCAGAGUUGGUUUCAUUACACCAAUGUCAAGUAGAUUCACUGCUGAGCAGCUCCAUGGUGUUUGGGCGCAAGAUGUAGUUGAUGGAACUUGUGUGGCAGUGAAUAACAAAUACAGGCUAAUGGCGUUUGGAUGUGCCAAUGGCUCUGUGCAGGUUUAUACAAUAGAUACCACCACUGGCGCCAUGCAGUUUUCUCAUAAAUUGGAACUGACACCCAAACAAUAUCCUGAUAUUUGGAACAAAACAGGACCUGUUAAACUAAUCAGAUGGUCACCUGAUAGCUGUGUUGUGAUGGUGACCUGGGAGUGUGGAGGUUUGUCCUUAUGGAGUGUUUUUGGUGCUCAGCUUAUCUGUACUUUAGGAGGUGAUUUUGCGUAUCAAUCUGAUGGUGCCAAAAAGGACCCUCUAAAAAUCUGUUCCAUGACCUGGGGAUCCGAAGGGUAUCAUCUUUGGGUUAUUGAUGGGAAUUCAUCUUCAAACAUGAAAUCUGAAAGAAAUUCAAAUAAUGAAGCUCAGUCGUUUGGUAUUCUGCAGUUUCAGUUCAUCAAGAGUGCACUCACUGUUAAUCCUUGUAUGAGUAACCAGGAGCAAGUCCUCCUUCAAGGAGAAGAUCGCUUAUAUUUGAACUGUGGAGAUGCAGCACAGACUCAGAGUCCCAGAAAUACUUUGGCGCACUCUGAACAUAGCCACAGCAGGGAAAGAGGCCCAUUUUCAGGUGGCAGUCUAGAUUCUCAGGGUUUAAGCACUUUACUAGGACACCGGCAUUGGCAUGUUGUACAGAUUCAUAGUACAUAUCUAGAGAGCAACUGGCCUAUAAGGUUUUCAGCUAUUGACAAGCUUGGACAGAAUGUAGCUGUUGUUGGCAAGUUUGGUUUUGCACAUUAUUCUUUACUCACCAAAAAAUGGAAGCUGUUUGGAAACAUUACCCAGGAGCAAACUAUGAUGGUAACAGGUGGCUUAGCAUGGUGGAAUGACUUCAUUGUUCUUGCAUGUUAUAAUUUAAAUGAUCACCAGGAAGAGCUGAGAAUCUACCUGCGCACGUCUAACCUUGACAAUGCGUUUGCUCACAUCACCAAAGUGCAAGCAAAUACGUUACUACUGAGUGUCUUCCGGGACAUUGUGAUAUUGUUCAGAGCAGAUUGUUCCAUUUGCCUUUACAGUAUUGAGAGAAGGUCUGAGGGUCUUAAUCCUACUGCCAGUAUCCAAAUUCUUCAAGAAGUGUCCAUGUCUCGGUAUAUUCCCCAUCCUUUUCUUGUAGUGUCUGUUACAUUGACAUCAGUGAGAACAGAGACUGGCAUCACCUUGAAGAUGCCACAGCAGGCUUGUGAAGCUGAAAGUAUAAUGCUUAACUUAGCAGGACAACUUAUCAUGUUGCAAAGGGAUCGAUCUGGACCCCAGAUACGAGAUAAAGACAAUAAUCCUAAUCAAAGAAAGCAUCUGCCUUUUUGUGCUCCAGUUGUCCUAGCCCAGUCUGUUGAAAAUGUAUGGACUACUUGCAGAAUUAACAAACAGAAACGCCACUUACUGGAGGCUCUGUGGCUCAGCUGUGGUGGGGCAGGUAUGAAAGUCUGGCUUCCCCUGUUUCCCAGAGAUCAUCGAAAACCGCAUUCCUUUCUGUCAAGACGGAUCAUGCUGCCUUUCCACAUCAACAUAUACCCACUGGCUGUUUUGUUUGAAGAUGCCUUGGUUCUUGGUGCUGUUAAUGACACUGUGCUCUAUGACUGUUUAUACACUCAAACCAGUGCUAGAGAACACUUAGAGGUUCUCUUUCCUUUCUCCAUUGUUGAGAGAACCUCUCAGAUCUACCUCCAUCACAUUUUACGCCAGCUCUUGGUUAGGAACCUCGGUGAACAGGCCUUGCUUUUGGCCCACUCCUGUGCCACAUUACCAUACUUUCCUCAUGUACUAGAACUGAUGCUUCAUGAAGUGCUGGAAGAAGAAGCUACCUCGCGGGAACCCAUUCCCGACCCUCUCCUACCCACUGUGGCGAAGUUCAUUACAGAAUUCCCCCUCUUCCUGCAGACAGUUGUUCAUUGUGCUAGGAAGACAGAAUAUGCCCUGUGGAAUUACCUUUUUGCUGCUGUUGGAAACCCAAAGGACUUGUUUGAAGAGUGCUUAAUGGCCCAGGACUUGGACACAGCUGCCUCUUACCUUAUUAUCCUACAGAAUAUGGAAGUUCCAGCAGUUAGCAGACAACAUGCUACUCUCCUAUUUAAUACUGCCUUAGAGCAGGGAAAGUGGGAUCUCUGUCGUCAUAUGAUUAGAUUUCUUAAAGCCAUUGGCUCUGGAGAAACAGAAACACCCCCAGCUACACCAACAACUCAGGAACCUAGUUCAAGUGGUGGUUUUGAAUUCUUCAGGCAUCGCAGCAUUAGUUUAUCCCAAUCAGCAGAGAAUCUCCAUAGCAAAUUUAAUCUGACAAAAACACUGAGUAUGCCCUCUGGCCCAUCUGUAAAAAGGUGGAGUAAAGACAGUGACUGUGCUGAGAACAUGUACAUUGACAUGAUGCUCUGGCGGCAUGCGCGGCGUCUGCUGGAGGAAAUCAAGCUGAAAGACCUUGGCUGCUUUGCUGCACAGCUGGGCUUUGAGCUGAUCGGCUGGUUGUGCAAGGAGCGAGCCAGAGCUGCCCGUGUGGAGGAUUUUGUGUGUGCUUUGAAAAAGCUACACAACGAUUUCCUCUGGCCAUUUCCGGUUAUACCAGCUUCAUCCAUUAAUUCACCUUUCAAGAAUGGAAAGUGCAAGACAGCUGUGGGGGAGCAACUACUAAAAUCUCAGUCUGCAGACACCUUUGUAAACAUGGAAAUGGACACAGGGAUUUCAACCACACCUCGCAGUCGCAGCUGGCUUGGUACUAUCAGCUCCUCUCAGAGAGAGAUGGACACUGUUUCAUCCCAUGGACCACACAUGCAAGAUGCAUUCCUUUCUCCUUUGCUAAGUAAAGUGUUUUUGAUAGGUGAUGAAUGCAGCAUUGGUUCAGCAACGGACCUGACUGAAACAAGUUCUAUGGUGGAUGGAGACUGGACCAUAGUGGAUGAAAACUUCUCCAGUCUAAGUUUAACUCAGUCAGAGCUUGAGCAGCUCUCUCUAGAGCUGGCCAGUAAAGGGCCACACAAGUCACAGGUGCAGCUGCGGUACUUGCUACAUAUCUUCAUGGAAGCAGGAUGUCUGGAUUGGUGUGUUGUCAUAGGCCUUAUUCUCAGAGAAUCUUCAGUUAUCAACCAGGUUUUCAGUAUCAUGCAGUCCUCUGAUAUUGAUGGAGAAAUCUGUCAGAAUAUCAAGACUGGCCUAGAUGCUGUUGACAAGUGGGCUUCUACGGAUUGCCCUGGGUACAAGCCAUUUCUAAGUAUCAUCAAACCACAGAUCCAGAAACUAAAUGAAAUAGUAGAAGAGCAAGUACAACCAGAAGCGUUUCAGCCAGUGAAUCCUUCUAAGGUUCCUGAACAAGCAAACCCAAGAGCUGAGGAAAACAGGACUUCAUCUAGCCAUGGCACUAAUCCUCAGAGUGAUGCUGGCAGCAGCAAUGCAAGCAGACAUGAAGAGGACAAGGCUAAGACAGAGGAUGAGGAUUCAUUCCAAGAAGGCAGUUAUGACUGUGUUGUGUCUUAAAUGGAAGGUGAACAACUUCCAUUUGUUCAGGUGUUGAAAGGAAGCAAACCAGCUCUUAGAUCUGCUUCUGUGUUUUUAAUUCGACUCUUUUUUCGUUUGUUUUGGUUUUUUAAUAUUUCAAUCUUUGAAAUUUUUAGUGGGGAUAACUAAACACCAGUUUCAUAUAAUAAUUUCAAAAGGAGGCAUGAUUCUUUUUUGAUGCAGUGGCCAGACUGCAGCUUUACAUUUUGAUACUUUAAAUAUGUGGGAGAAUGAACACACAUGGAGACAGAUUCAGCCAAUGUUCAUCAGUACCUUUACAUCACCAACACGUUCCGAAGAAGCUACUUAUAUCUCGAGUUUAAAAGGUGAAGAGGGGAUUAAAUAUAAAAACUGUUUCCUUUGCAGCUUGCCUGCCUAAUAAAUGUCUGAUCAAUGCAGUUCGGAUUGGUUUGAUACUGAUAUUUUGUAUUAAAGAACUGUAAAAUAUAUUGUAUGUUUUUUGUGAAUAAUCUUGUACAAAUACUCAAGACUGUACCAUAUUUGGAGGUACCUGUGUGUAUUUGCAUGUUUCUGGAUGACUAGUAAAGUUAAAGCAGAGUUGCACUUCUUUCUGGAUGAGGCAUACUUUACUGACCUAACACUGAACAAGGUGGCUUACCUGCUUUUUACUGUCACUUAACAGAUCUUGUAGUUGGGUUAAGGGACUGCUGAAGGUUAUUUAUUUCUUUGUAAAUUCUUUUCUGAUAAAUGGAUUUUUAAAAUGUAAAUAAUCAUCAUAUACUCUUGCUAUGGAAAACUAGCUUAACAGCGCAUACUUAAACAUUUUUCAAACAUUUUAUAAUAUGCAUACUUCUAACUAAGACAUAUUUAACUUUCGUACAAUGUUAUGAAAACCUGGCUGCAGAAGUCUGUUGCUUUGAGGUACUUAUUUUUUCUAGCUGCUGUCCCUAUGUAAUAACUACCUGUAACAGUAUUAAUUUAGAUAUUAGCUUGUUUGUACUGUGCAAUCUGAACAAAAAUGCAACAUACUCAUUUUAUACAUGAUAAACUAGUUUAUUUUUUAUAACAUCACUUGAUUACUGACAUGGACCAAACUAGUCAUCGUAGGGUAGUUACAACAUCUGUUGCUUUUCUAGCGUAGUUACUAAAUGCACAUCCAUUUAAACUCUGAAAUUAAGACUAUUCACAAUUAAGUUUUAAAUAAAUUGUAGUUUCAUCAUCUUUAUUUCCUUUGUAGAUAAGAUCAAGUGCUUUAAAAUGUACAGAUAUUAAACUGCUUUAGAAUGGCUUUCCUAAGCCAAUACAACCAGUACAAGUGCAAUAAUUGCGAGUAUUACGUGGAAAGCUGGAGCUAUUAAUGAAUGCAACUUGAACUUCAUUUUAAGAGUUGAAACUUGAGACUGAAGUUAGAGGAAAGAAACUCAGUCUGAGUCCCAGCAUUAAGCUUAUUCUGCAUUGUAGCUACUGGUUACAGAUAAUGUCUAUCAUACCUGCAAGCCUGUUGUGACCUGACGUCAAAAUUCAUUAUUGUUUUAAGGGGAUAAUACUUAAAGCUUUUUUAUUAUAAAGAAACCUGCUUAAUGUAUGUUAAAUAAAAACUGUACUUCAAGUUAAUAUUUUUCUGUGGUUCUGUGGUAAUGAUAAGCCAAGGCCAUUCUGGUCAGCAUUCUGUUGUUCAGGUUUUGGAUCUGUGCAAGUAAAACAUACAUUAACUGAUAUAUUAACAUUCUUAAUAUUCAUAUCAUACAACGUGCUACUGUUGUUUAGCAGAUAAAGCUUUUUAGUUGUGAAAUUUUAGAAGUUUGUAGUUCUUUAGUACUAAUUAAUCUCUAUGCAAAUCUCAUGUGCUAAUUUUGUAUUUUGAUUUCACUGCUGUUAUACACCUGUAAUUAAAAGACAAAUGUAUUCAACUUUACUUUUAAGUUACUCCUAUGAAAAAUAACUAUUUCUGACUUCAAGCCUUUCAGGUAGGCCAUCUUAGAGAGACAAAGCUCUCGGGGAAACCACUUGAUGAAAUUGGUUUUUUAUACUCCUGUGGCUUGUUUUUUACAGGAUGAAGGAAUCAAACCUUUACCAUAUUAGUGCAUCUUUGAAGUUACAUCCACCUGCUGCUGUGAAAGAUGUAGUGGGUUUAGGUGGCAAGGGUCUGGUAGCAAGGGGGGACUAAAUCAGACAGAGCCAGUUCCAGCAAACACAACCCGGUGCCUUCUCUCCGUAAUGUAUUUAACAAGGAGUAAAAAAUGCUGUGGAGGGUGAGAGUCUUGCAGGCGGCCAGGCCCGUAAAGGAGGAUCAGGAGGCGGUAUUCCAGGCACUGGAACAGAGAUUCCCUGCAGCCUGUGGCUCUGUGCAAGUAAACACACACAUUAAAUGAUAUACCAAGAGUCUUGCUCAUUAGCCUCUUAACUGCCGUGGUGCUGCUUGGCAGCUCAGUCCUUUCAGAUGGUGGGGAAGCAGCCUCUACUGCAACACACUGUGGAGCCUGCUGGAGCAGAUACCCACAGUGGCAGUCUUGGAGCACCCACAAGCAGCUGGACAGAUGAGCCCUGAAGGAAGCUGCAGCCCAAAGAGCCCACACAAGAGGAGGAUUCUGGCAGGAACUGUGGCCCACAGGGAUCCAUGCUGGAACAAUCUCUUCGUGAAGGUCCACUCCAGCAAGAGGAAGAUCCACUUUGAAGCAGUUUAUGAGAGACUAUCCCAUGGAGUGGACCCCAUGCUGGAGCAGGGCAAUAGUGAGGAGAGGAAGGAAGCAGAGAGUAAAUGUUACAGACUGACCACGGCUUGACUCUUAACUGACCAUCCCCAGUUCUUCUACACCACUGUGAGAGAGAAGAUAGAAGAGUGAAUCUGGGAAGGAAGGGGAGGUUGGGGGAAAGUAUUUGGUUACCAUAUUUUAAUUUUAAUUGGUAAUAAAAUGAUUUUUCCAAG